CUGUGGCUGUCCCCGGCAUGGCGGGGCUGUGUGGGGCCGGGCUGGGCGGCUCGGUGCUCCCGGGCGCUGCCGGGGCCGCGCUGAGGCGCUGCGGGGCCGCGGGGAGCGGCCGCAGCCCCUGGAAGCCGGUCCUGCUCCUGCUCAGCCCGCCCGCUUUCUCCACGACCUGCGCCAGGUGCGGCAAGGACAGGCGGCUGAGGCAAAAAAGAGCCAUUUCGGAGCGGCAGCUGACACGUUAUUUUGUGGAUCAGCGGAAGGUGCGCGUAGUUGGAGGACAAGGAGGAGGAGGAGGCCAUUCCUUCUACAGUGAGCCCAGAAAAGUAUUUGGAGGUCCUGAUGGUGGAAAUGGAGGUGAUGGGGGUCAUGUAAUUUUGAAAGCUGACCAGCAAAUGAAAUCACUUUCUUCAGUGUUCCCUUUCUAUCACGGUUUUCACGGAGAGAGAGGAGGAAGCAAAAACUGUUAUGGAGCUAAUGGUGCACACAUGUAUGUUAAAGUCCCUGUAGGUACUUUGGUGAAGGAGGAUGGCAAAGUUGUGGCUGACCUCACUCAGCAUGGAGAAGAGUACAUUGCAGCUUAUGGAGGAGCUGGAGGGAAAGGGAAUCGCUUCUUUCUUUCCAAUGAAAACCGUGCUCCAAAGUUUUUUACUCCAGGAGAGCCAGGUCAGGAGAGGGUCCUUCAGCUGGAGCUCAAGACAACAGCUCAUGCAGGAUUGGUGGGCUUUCCCAAUGCUGGCAAAUCCUCACUUUUGAGAGCCAUCUCCCGUGCAAAGCCAGCUGUGGCUGCCUACCCAUUCACAACCCUAAACCCCCAUGUUGGCAUUGUCCACUAUCAAGACUUUGAACAAGUGGCAGUUGCUGACAUUCCUGGCCUCAUCAAAGGUGCUCAUCAGAACCGUGGGCUGGGGAUGGCCUUCCUAAAGCACAUCGAGCGCUGCCGCUUCCUCUUGUACGUGGUGGAUCUCUCUGUGCCUCAGCCGUGGAUUCAGCUGCAAGACUUGAAAUACGAACUGGAAGCAUAUGAAAAAGGCUUGUCUGAGAGGCCCUGUGUUGUGAUUGGGAAUAAGAUUGACCUUGCUCAGUCCAGGAUCAAUCUGCCACUCCUUAGGGAGCAGGUCGCUGAGAGGGUCAUCGCGUUGUCUGCGCUGACAGGAGACAACUUGGAGGAGCUGCUGUUGCAUCUGAGAGAACUAUAUGACAUUUAUGUGAAGACUGGACAAAGCCCAGUCAAGUGGUAGGAGCCACAACUGCUGUGAACUGUGCUGGAAGCAGAACAAAAUUAAAAUAGCAGUUUGAUUCAACUGCAUCUCUGGUUUGGGCUUCUUGUGGGUUGUUUUCAUUGUUAAAAUGGAAGGGCAGAGCAUGGGGAUUUGUUCUGGACUGCUGCCUUGGAAAGAUUGUUCUGUCUGUUCACUUUUGAGGCGUCUCUGAAGUUUUACAACCAAGCUUGAAAAUUGUAGUCAUGGUGGGUGUUGAACUGGAAACCUGGCUCUUGUUUGGCAUACUAUGGAAUGAAGAGAAUGCUGUCUAGUAGAAAUGACUGAAAUUCAGGAUCUGCAGGAGAUGCUGUCUUGUUUUAUGAAUUGUAGUGAAGUGACUUUCUCAAUUUUCACAAAUUAAAAAUUCUAAAAUAAAAAAAAAAGGUGGUCCCA